AUGCAGCUGGGCCUGCAUGGGCCCGCCUGCCAGCCCUGGCAGCCCCUGGCCCUGGAGACCCUGUUUAGGACCCCCCCACCCCCAAACCCAACUUUUUCCUGGGAUGGGCCCUGGCCUUGCUGUGUGACUCCAGGGCUGAACCUGGGUCCCCGUGGGGCGGAGCAGGGGGCCGCCUCCUGGGAGGAAACUGGAUCCCAGGACGUGCGGAGCCGCAGGGAGAAGGGCGGCCCCUUUGUCCCCCCCCCCCCCGAUAAUCCCUCCCUGCCCUUGUUCCCUGCCUCCCAGCCACCAGGGUUUAAGGUUGAGUUUGGGGGCUCCCCCCUUUGCCUGCUGACCCUGCUGCUGCCACCCCUCAGCCCUGCAGCCCCCAUCUCCCCAGCUGAUCUCAUCAGUCAAGCCUACAGCCUGGCCCUCUACAUGCAGAAGAACACGUCAAUGCUGCUGCAGACUUAUCUCCUGCACCAGGGCAGCCCCUUCAGUGACCCUGGCUUCUCAGCCCCUGAGCUCCAGCUGAGCAGCCUGCCUUCUGCAGCCAUCUCCUUCAAGACUUGGCAUGCUCUGGAAGAUGGGGAGCGGUUGGGCCAUGCCCAGGAAGCCUUCCUGGCCUUGAGCCAGCACCUCCAGCUCGUGGGGGAUGACCAGACCGACCUUAACCCUGGCAGUCCCAUCCUGCUGGCCCAGCUUGGGGACGCGAGGCUCAGGGCCCAGGGCCUGCUGGGCAACAUGGCUGCCAUCAUGACUGCCCUGGGGCUGCCCAUCCCCCCAGAAGAGGACACCCUCGGACUUGUCCCCUUUGGGGCCUCCGCCUUUGAGAGGAAAUGUCGAGGCUACAUAGUGACCCGGGAAUAUGGCCACUGGACAGACCGAGCCGUGAGGGACUUGGCUCUGCUCAAGGCCAAAUACCCAGUAUGA